AUGUCACAAGUCACUCCCCACGUCAAGGCUGUGAGGAGUCUCUACAGGAAGUCGCUCAAGUUGGCGUUGGAUUGGGCGGUCCAGCGGAACCUGUGGCGAGGGCAGGCGGUCUACAUUCGUUCCUUAUUCGAUGCCAACAGAAACAUCAAUGAUCCUAGACAGAGAAGAAUACUCUUCGUUGAGACAGAAAAGCUGUUAGAGAAAUGGAAGCAUCCCGACCCAUACAGACCCCCAAGCGCACCAGGAGGCUCGAAAUACGAGCGCAAUCUUCCACCGCCAGAUCUGCCGCCACCGGAUAGAGAAAUCACCAAGGAAUUAUGA